GUGUCAGAACCCCUGUUGUUGAGUUCACAUGGCACCAGAGUCGGUGAAGACCCGUUUCCAUCAUCGAUGGUGGCAUUCCGAGCUGCUAAAUCGACAGAAAAUACGCUGUUGCUUGACAGGCACCAAACACCACAGCACCUCUGGUGUGUUGCAUGCCGUAAGUCUGCAUUGAGCCCUGAGCUGGCUGCAGCCGACCUGAACCGGCCUCCUGAUUGUGACGCAAAUUCCCCUUCCCCUCACUCGGCAGUCGCCUUGUUCAGCGGAAUGGCUGCCCCCACUCCCGCCCCUUGGGAUAGUGCUGCGCCCAAGGACCAGUUCUUCGUCCUGGUGACUGGCGCAAACAGUGGCAUUGGUCUGGGUAUCGCCGAGCGCCUCGUCGACUGGUUCCUGACUCCGCGGUCGCCAGCCUCGCACCUCAUCCUCAUCACCACCACCCGAAGCAGACAAAAGUCCCUCCAGACCACCGAGGCCCUCCGCGAUUAUGUGCGCAAGGCCGUCGCCUCCAACCCGACCCUACGCGGCCGCGCCGGCCCGUCGUGCGAUCCAGCAUCCGUCCUGACCCGGAUCCACCUGCUCAGCAUUCAGCUCGACCUCUGCAAGCUGCCGACCGUUCACGCCGCCACCGAGCUACUCAUGCGUGGGCCCGAUGGUCCCCCCACAGAAGAGGACCUGAGGGCCGGCCGCAUCCCGGCGCCGAUCCCCCGCCUCGACUCCAUCAUAUUCAACGCCGGAAUUGGCGGCUGGUCCGGCCUCAGUUGGCUAUCCAUACCCGGUGCGAUAUUGAAGGACGGCCUUAUCCACCAGCUAACGUGGCCGAGCUUCAAGAUCAGCUACGUUGGCAACCUCGUCGACCCAAUCACCGGUCGUGCCCUCACCUCGCAGCAAGCCGCCGCCGAGGGCCUCACCAGGGGGGAGCUACUGGGCGAGACCUUCACCGCCAACAUCUUCGGACACUAUGUCUUCGCCCACACCCUGCUCCCACUGCUUGAUCGCACGCGUGAGCAGCUCGGUGCCGGCGGCCUGGCACGCGGUCGCGUCGUCUGGGUCGGCAGCGUCACGCCUGAACCCCAAGACUUUAGUAUAUCGGACUUCCAGGGCGUUGCUUCGCACGAUUCCUACGAGAGCACCAAGCGGCUAGCCGAUCUGCUGUUCCUCACAGCCGAGCUGCCACGCGUGAAGCCGAUAGUGGCCAGGUACCUAACCGCAGAUGAAGCAACGGCAGUGGCCGCUGCAGCGAGGAAUAAGGGAGGGAAAGUGGCAGAUGGAAAUGGGGGCGCGUCGCCAGAUGUAGUGCCCCCUCGCAUAUACAUUACCCACCCGGGAAUCGUGCAGACCACCAUCUACCAUGUCCCCGCCCUGCUUGUCUUCUGGUACGGCUUCGCCCUCUACAUUGCCCGCUGGAUCGGCUCCCCCUGGCACCCCGUGAAGCCCUACGGUGGUGCCGUGGCGCCCGUUUGGUGCGCCACAGAGGGUCAGGAGCACUUGGACAGCCUAGGCGCCGAGCGUGUCAAAUGGGGCUCCUCGGUCAGCUUCUGGGGUAAGGCCGCUGCCAAGCGCACCGAAGUCGAGGGCUGGGGCUGGGACGGCCGCACAGCUGCCGAGAUGGCGGCGGAUCAGCAGUAUCAGCGACAGCAGCGCAACGAGAAGAGGCACUGGCUCAGGGAUCGGUUUGGACGCAAGAGCACCGCCGUUGACCUCAAGCCCGAGGCUCUCCAGGACUUUGAGGUCCUGGGCGCACAGUGCUGGGAGGAGAUGGAGCGCCUGCGGCUCAAGUGGGAUGAGGCCCUUGGGAAUGGAAAGCCGCAGACCAACGGAAGGGCGCUGGCCGCGUGAUCGACUUGACGAACGCACAAAAUGGCCGGUGGCACUUUCCGUUACGCGAUGUCAGGACCUAGCGUUGGCAGUAAUCUUUCGGAAGGUCGGACACGAUAUACCACUUGGCAAGGAGCAUAUUGGGGAGCGGCUGUCAGCAUUAAGCGCUGGGUUACAAAGGGAAGGGAAGAGGGCGGAAUGUUAUAUAAACGGCCAAAUUUAGGCCCUGAUCAUAAUCGUAAUCUACCAUGUGACGACAUACGCACUGUUAUUUCCGAAGAGUUCACAAAGUAGGAGUGAAGCAUGAAAUCUUCACCAAUAUAAGCAUACAAUGUG